UCUGCAAAGUGCAAACCACAACAAACAGACGACACACACCGACAGCGGCAGACGACUUCGGCCUCACCGCUCCUCCUUCUCCUCCUCCUCCUUUAGGGGGAAUAGUACCUCAGCAGGGAUGGAAGACGAUCUGGAGUACUUCAUUACCUUCCCGACGCCCAUGCCCAAAGAAAUACAGAGACGGAAUGCCAGUGGAAAGGAGGAUGAGGAUGAGGACUUUGUAUUUGUCAACGGCGCUAACGGAGACAAGGAGCCCGUGGUGUUCCUACUGGGCUGGCUUGGGGCGCAGGAUCAGCACUUGGCUAAGUAUUGCACCAUAUAUAACCAGCGAGGAUGCAUCACCAUUCGCUACACGUCGCCAUCAUCAUAUGUGUUCUUCAGGCCUGCCGUGAAGCUCAUGCCCAUUGCCCGCAAGCUGUUAUCUCUGUUGCGGGACAUGAGCCUGGAUGACCACCCUGUCUUCUUCCACAUGUUCAGCAAUAACGGUUCCGUUCUGUACUAUUACCUGACACAGGCCAUGGCAGAGCCCACCGCCCCACACAUCACUGUCAAGGGAUGCAUCUUUGACAGCACUCCCGCACCAAGAAGGAUUUUCUCAGGAGUGCGUGCCAUGUAUGAGGUGACACCUGGCUCAGUGUGGAUGAAGUUGUGUGUCUCCCUGGGCAUGAUGCUGUACCUGCUGGGCUGGAAGGUGCUCUCCAUCUCCUGGACCAUUAUUUCUGGCAAGCUGCCCAUCAAUCCUCCCUGGACACUGGUGGAGGACUCAUCUCGCAGUCCACAACUGUUCCUGUACUCCAGAGCCGACAAACUCAUCAGCUUCCAGGAUGUAGAGCUGUUCAUGAGUGAGCGGCAGAGGGUCGGCGUGCCUGUGGUGGCCAAGUGCUGGCCUGACUCACCCCACGUCCAGCACUACAGAGUGUAUCCUGAGGAGUACAGGGAGGUGGUGUACUCCUUCCUCACUCAGUGUCUCAGUCAAGAGGGUGUGAUCCUUAGCCAGCCUCAGCUUGCUGCUGCUGCCACUGCUGCUGCCUCCCCAACCUUUGAGGGUGAGACAAAGACCAAGAGUGAUUAAGAUACUAAUGCAUCAUAAAGUCAUUAAUUCAUGCUAGUGUGAAAAUUGGUUUUGCAUAUUAUUUUUAUAUUAAUUUAUUUCAUUUUUGUGAAAAACGAUUACAGACACUCCCUGAUUAAUAAACAUUCACAUUCUGAAUAUCCAUAGACUUGAACAAGAAACUUGGGUCAGAAUUACCCCACCAUGGUAAAUGUGAGGACAAAACACACACACACACACACAGUGUUAGGAUAUGUGGCUACCCUAAAUAACCAUUUUUCGUUGAGCGUAAUACCAUAAUACCCUGAGUUUUACAAUCUACUUAAGUGCUAUGGGUGCAAAACUCAAGAAGGUACUUGUACAUCCUAAGUAUUUUACAAAUUAAUCACUUGAAAACCUAACUAGUUUGUAACUUGGGGAGUGUCUGCAUGUCCGUCUAUUUUCAUCUCGGUGAUUUUCUAUCUAGCGUCAGGGAACUAAAGAGAUAUAUGAUGUAUCUGUUAUAUGAUCCAGGGAUGAUUUGUGAAAUGUUGUGUUACUUGAGGAUCAAAAACCUAUAACCAAACCUUGCAAACCUUCAGUGUGUUGAGAACAUUGUUUAUGUUGGCAGUGAUGAUCAGCAUUUUACUAAAAAUUCCAUUUUUCUGUCAGAGAGAGUGAGUGAGUGAAGGAAAGUAAAUCAAAGAAUGGUCUACUUUCAGAUGUGAUGUAAGGUUACAUUAUUGCUUCAUUGUGAUGUAGGAUGAGUAACCUCAUAGGUGGUUUGUGUACUAGUGGGUAGGAAAAGUAGGCAUAGACAUUUAUGUAAGCAGUUUUUUUCUCUGGUUUUAUUACUACACAAAGAAGGAAGGUCAGUGACUCAAGUCUGUUUUGUUAUGCCCAGGAGGUAAGAAAGUUUUCCAUAUCAAGUAUUUGUGCAUCAUUUUUCUUUGAACCUUUUGAUGCAAGGAAACAUGGUAUGCAGUUCAGAUAUUGGAUGACUUGUCUCUCAUAUAAAACUUUGACCCCAUGGAGUUGGUAAAUCUGUAAAUAUAUCACCAUCAUUACUUUGUGAAUCUUUUGAUGCAAGGACACAUUGAUAGAGUUCAGAUAGUAGAUGCCUUGUCUGUCUCUCAUGCAUAAGACUUUGAACCUAUGCAGUUGGUAAAUCUAAUCCUGUUUAUCUGUCCCUGAUGGAAGUAUAGUUUUAGUGGCAAUAGCAGAAGAGCUAUCAAUGUACAUCAAUCCUGCACACUCCCUCUUAAACUCUCUAGGGAAAGUCCAAAUAGGAAUCUUUUUGUAUUCCUAUCAAUGUAUUUUAUUCCGCAAACUCGUCUUUUGUCUCCAUUUCAGAGGAAGGCAAUGACAAAGUAUUUGAGAAAGUAAUGGAAGCUGCAAAAAAUCACUGUAACCCAUCCAUCCAUAUUCUUCACCCUUACACACUCUAAGCCUCUCUCUAUCUAACCCUCAUUUUCCAAUUCACACUCCAAGUCUCUGCUUUAACCUCAUCUUCCUAUUCACACUAAGUCUCUAUCUUUAAUCCUAUUUUUCCUAUUCAUCUCAUCAAUUCCCAACCCUUCCAAUGAUAAAACCAACUCAGGGUGCUGCAUUUAACCCCAUCCACUCCACCAGUCCAUGCUUCAGUGCUUCACCUGUAUAGGACUGCAAGUACUUUUGUGUAUUCUUCCACUACUGAGUCAUUACAAUCACACACCUUGUCUUUUCUGUCCAGAUUUCACACCUCACAGUUCCAUCCCAGGGUAAAAAAAAAAAUGAGUUAAAUGAUGUAUUUUCAGAAACCAUGUUGCAAAAUGUUUUAUAUAUUCUUCUGCUACUAAGAGUCACCAUUUGUUCUGUUGGAUAUUAAACUUGCACAAUUUUUCUCC